UGCAGCAAAUGCAAGACGCAGUACGCCUCGCAAGAGCUGCUGCAACAGCACUUCAACCAGUCGACCAUGCACCAUACCUGCAAGACGUGCGGGCUGGGCUUCGAGACGGCGGCGUCUUGGGCUACGGUCAAGCAAGCUUUGCAAAAGCAUUACAGCGAUUCGCCAUUACACCCGAUUUGUCGUGCUUGUGGACUGGGGUUUGAAUCAAUACUCCCUUGGGCGGCGGUGAGUUCACUUAUAGAAACGGUUCACACCCAUUUCGCAUGUAACAAGUGUAAUCAACGCUUUUCCUCGGACAUGCUGUUAAGGGAGCAUUACACCGAGUCGCCCUUGCAUCCGACAUGUCACACCUGCGGCUUGGGGUUC